UAUUUCCUACAAAAUGAUAAAAGACUGGAGUGUUUCAAAAUUUUUUUUUUUGAAAUUUUCUUUUGAAAAAUUGACCGAAUGUACCGAAAUUAAAUACUUAGCAUGACGACUAAAAGGAAAUAUUCUAAUAGAUCAAAUAGAUGAAGUAUAAUUCAAUCGGAACUAUUCGGAAUUUUCAAUUACUGGAGAAAUCAAGCCUCGUGAAGAAACACUCGAACCUUCACCUUCUACACUAUGUCUGAAAAUGAAACGAAUUUCAGAAGCAAAUUUAACAAUUUCUUCCAGUCAGAAUCUACUAUCAAGGGAUUAUUCAUCACUUCUAUAACCGGUAUUUCGGCCCUCAUAUCGUUCUCGUACGCAUUCGCUUCUACACGUAAACGAAAUGCAUCAGCUCUAGAUACUGUCUCGUCGAAAGUUUACGAUAAUGGCACUCAGUUGGCGUUACGUGCAUUAAAAUGGGGUACACUGUAUGCAUUCACCGGAGUAGGACUGAUUUGCUUUGGGAUCUGGAAAGUAGCCAAUGUAAAUAAUAUGCAAGAAUUUCGUCAAAAAAUGGGAUCGAUAUUUCCCUCGGUUCCAAAAAACAACCCACCGCAAAGUCGAACGGAAUUCGCCUCGGUGACAGAUCUAUUGCAGUAUUUAGACGACGAAUAUUCCACCAAGAAACCUGCCAAAUUAGAUCAAGAGAAAACCGACUCGUAGUUGAAGGUUUUAGUAGUUUUGUUGACGGCGAUUUGUAUUGUAUAUAACGUUAUUGUUGUUUUUGAAUAUAGGUAAAAUUGUUUUUAAAA